AAAAAACACACCACACAGAUUGAACAGCAAAAAUCAAUCCCUUUGUUUUUCUUGAUUUUCUGAUUUUAUUCCUAAAAAAAAAAAAACCAGAAUCAUCAUCACAUAUCGAAUGGCUUCUGUUACCAUUCCAUCAUUCUCCGGGCUUAAGGCCGGCGGCACCAUCCCAUUUCCUAAAGCCACCACCGCAAAAUUCGCCGCCGCCGCCCUGACAGCUUCGAAGCUCGCCGUGAGGGCCUCGUUAAAGGACCUCGGCGUGGCAGCUGUUGCGGCGGCCGCCGCCGCCGGUGUGGUGCUGGCUGGCAACGGCAAUGCCAUGGCCAUUCAGAUCACUCUUGGCGGCGACGACGGAUCGCUGGCUUUCAUCCCCCAAAACUUCGAAGUUCCGGCCGGGGAGAAAAUCGUCUUUUUCAACAACGCCGGAUUCCCACACAACGUGGUGUUCGACGAGGACGAAGUCCCGGCCGGAGUAGACGCGACCAAGAUUUCAAUGUCGGAAGAAGACUUGCUCAAUGCCAAAGGGGAUACAUAUGUAGUCACUUCGACACAAAAAGGAACAUAUAGUUUCUAUUGUGCUCCUCACCAAGGAGCUGGCAUGGUUGGAAAAGUAACUGUCAAAUAAAUUAGUUAUGACAGUUUGAGAAGACUCAUUAAUAAAACAGUUAUAUUUCUUUGUGGUAUCAUCCUUUGAUGCAUUUUACUUACAAGUUUUACGU